AAAUUAAUAGGUGUUUUCCAAGAAGUCACACAUUCAGCUCAACUCCAAGAAACGAGGUCGAACACUACAGCAUCCACUAACAGUUCAGCGAAUUGUGUAUUGUGCUAGGUCUAAAAUAUUGUCAGACUGUCCUGUUUAUAAAAAUCAUAGGGUUCACACACUUGAUGGUCGUAUUUGCUCCAGCAGUGACUACUAUAACGAUCAAAGAUGAACGCAUCGACGAUGGUGGUUGCCUUCCUGAUGUUAGGCCUCCUGGUGGCGCCAUCUAGAGCCUGGCCGGACUGGUGGGACCGCACAAGGGAAGCCUUUCAGGGAGCUUGGGACAUGUAUAGUGCAUACAGUGACAUGCGUGAAGCCAACUGGAGGAAUUCAGACAAGUACUUUCAUGCACGAGGCAACUACGAUGCCGCACAGCGAGGACCCGGAGGAGCUUGGGCAGCUGGCGUCAUUAGCAACGCACGCGAAAGUUAUCAAUCUGGCCUCAGCGGUCAAGGACCCGAGGAUACUGCAGCUGACCAGGCGGCUAACCACUGGGGGCGCAACGGUGGAGACCCCAACGUAUAUCGACCAGCAGGACUCCCUGAGCAAUACUAAUUUGGCUGCAAACAAGGGCUGAAGAAAGUUGAUAUCUGCGCCGGGUAUCUGCGAGCCGACACCCCCGUUUUCUGUUAUAUUAACGGCAGCGAGUCAAAUCGCUCGUAAACCAUCGAUCCUUGCUCAACUCAUGGACCUACUAGCAGGUCCAUGCUCAACUCAACUCGCAAUAACUAUAACUUAGGGGAAUGAAACCUUUGGAAUAAGUAGGCUUGUGUCGAAACAGAAAAAUCAAAGAAACAGAUCUACGAAAGUUUGAGAAAAAUCGGACAAACAAUAAAAAACUUAUGAGCAUUUGCAAUCACUAAUGCUAUGGAGAUCCUCCCAUUGGCAAUGCGGCAAGGAUGUGUGAUGUCACAUGUGAACAACUUUCCCUAUGAUGGACUAUAAAAUACCCCCAAAAUGUCUCUUUUUACUUUUUCUUAUGGUGAUACAAACUCUUAGUCCAUGAUGUAUUCUUUAAAAAAAAUCUGUAUUACAUGCCCUCCUAGAGAAAGAACACAUGAUAUACUGAUAAAUGUAAUAAAAGAGGCAUUUUAAGUGAAAUAUAUACUAAUGUAAUGGGGAGAGAUGUUCAAAAGUGACAUCAAAAAAUCUUUGUCACAUUGCCAACUGAGGAUCUCUAUAGCAUUAGUGAUCGCAAUAUUCAAAUGCUCAUAACCUUAUCAUUAUUUGUCCAAUUUUUCUCAUGCUUUUGUAGAUCUGUUUCUUUGAUUUUUCUGUUUUUACACAAGCUGUCUUGUUCUGAAGGUUUCAUUCUCCUUUAACAUUUUCGUUAUACAUACCCUACAUAUUUGAGAUUUUCAAAUCCACACUCUGUUUUCUGAUACUCUAUAAUGGAGGUUUUUAUAUUUAGUUUUUUUUUUAAUGGUCACUAGCUUUUAUUAUAGAUUAAUUACGAAUCCACAAGGAAGCCAUGAACAUAACGAAUGAUCGUAAUGUAUGUUAACUUAUGCAUUGUAGAAAGCUGGUCUAAAAUGAAAUUAAAAUAAAAUAUAUUUGUCUCCAUAA